AUGGCGUCUAGGUUUCUGAUCUUGUCUGUGCUAUCUCUCUUCUUCUUCUUCCUCGCCGUCUCAAAUGCUUCCACGAAUGGAUAUCACGGAGGAGAUAAGAUCUUCGACGUCAGAAACUACGGUGCUCGGGGCGACGGCAAAAGAGACAACGCUAUUGAGAUUACAAAGGCCUGGAACGAUGCUUGUCAAUGGAGUGGUGGAAGAUCAACGGUCUACAUACCUCUAGGAACGUUCUAUCUCAGUCAAGUAACUUUCUCUGGUCCUUGCAAAAGUUAUAUCACUUUUAUUAUCACCGGAACCUUGUCGGCUCCUCGGGAUCCUAACGUCAUCAAACAAGAAGCAUGGAUCGAGUUUCGGUACGUAGACAAUCUCACCGUUACAGGAGGAGGGUUACUUGAUGGUCAAGGCUUUUACUCUUGGUCCCUCAACGAUUGUAACAAAAACCCUAAUUGUCGUACACUAGCUAUCAACAUAGGGUUUGCGUUCGUUAGAUCCUCGAGGAUCAACGGUCUGAGAUCUAUCAACAGCAAAAUGGGUCACUUGAACUUUUACUCGGUCGAGGAUUUUAACAUUACCCGCGUGACCAUCACGGCUCCUGGAGAUAGCCCUAAUACCGAUGGUAUCAAGAUAGGUAGAUCAAAGGAUAUGCAUAUUUACAAUGUCACAAUCGCAACUGGUGAUGAUUGCAUCGCAAUACUUGAUGGAACUACCAAUUUGGAUAUCUCUGAUGUCAGGUGCGGACCAGGGCACGGGAUUAGUGUCGGAAGCCUCGGCCGGUAUAAAGAUGAGAAGAACGUCGAGGGCUUAACCGUGAGAAACUCAAUUUUCAACGGUACAACCGACGGUUUACGGAUCAAAACAUAUGCUAAGUCGGUCUCGGCCAUUUCGGUUUCAAACUUUUUGUACGAUAAUAUCCAAAUGGUAAAUGUUGAAAACCCUAUCGUCAUCGACCAACAGUAUUGUCCAAAUGGACAAUGCGAUAGUCCUGGAAAGUAUGACUCUCAUGUUCAGAUCAGAGACGUGAAGUAUAACAAAAUCUGGGGAACUUCGACGAGCCAAGCGGCUUUGAGUAUGCAGUGUAGUAAAACGUUUCCUUGUCAAGACGUUGAGCUCUCAAAUAUCAACUUAAUAUACAGUGGGAGGGAUGGCUUGGCCACGGCGUUCUGCCAGAACGUUGGUGGUUCGGUUCGUGGCACGAUUGUGCCUGCUGGUUGUCGGGUUUGA